CUAUAUCUCUCCAACACUCUCUCCACGUCUCUUUAUAAUAUCUCUAUCAACAAAAACACCUUUUGAUUUUCCAUCAAACAAACAAACCCAGUAAGGCAUAUCCUUUUCCCACACCUAUUUCUCCACUUUUUGGACCACAUAACCCUUCAUUUCUUAUACCUUUAAUAAUUCUUUAUUUUCUUUUUCUUGUAACAUAAUUCAAAACCUUAUAAGGGACAUUGAUAUAUACUUCUUUUAUUGCUUUUUAUGGUUAGUUAGGUUUGAAUCAAUCAAUUUGACUUGUCUACUACUAACUUUUUGCCUCAUUUAUAACUUCUUCUGUUCUGUCCUUUUUCUCUCAUCAAAAAUCCUUUCCUUGUAAGAAUUUCCUUUUUCCAUUUUCAAUUUCCUUGAAAUCUUGAAUGAAAUAAUGGCACUUGAACUUUGCUCAGAAAAUUGUGGUCCAAGAAUUUCAUUCUCACAUGAUUUUUCACAAUCUGAUUUCAUACCUGUUGAGCAACACCCCAUUAGAUCAAAAUCUUCUGGGUUGAAUUCAAGUAUUGAUUUUGAUUUCAAUGUUAGUGAAAGUCUCAACCUUGAAGAAUCAUCUUCAGCAGCAGAGCUUUUCUCAGAUGGAAGAAUUCUUCCAGCUGAAAUCAAGAAAAAACAAGUUCCUUUGAAGCAAAGUUUAACUACUCAAUCACCAUCACCAAACCCUUCAUUGAAUCCUUCAUAUUCAACUUGCAACAAUGAGUCUAAUGGUAAAAACUUGAGAAAAGAAAGCACUAAAGAAAGCAAGUAUUUGAAUGAUGAAGUGUGUGAGAAACAAAGUUCAAAUUCCAAGUCAUUUUGGAGCUUCAAGAGAAGUAGUAGUUGUGGAAGUGGAUAUGGAAGAAGUUUGUGUCCUUUACCACUUUUAUCUAGAAGCAAUUCAACUGGAUCUUCUACCUCAAGUGUUAACAACAAGAGGAAUUCUUUGUCAAAAGAGGGUAUUAGUACUGUUAAAUCAAAUUCACAGAAACUUUCUUCAACAAGGCUUUCUAACUCAUCUGGUUCAAACAGUUAUCUUAAACCUCCAUUGAAUAAGAGUUAUGGAUCUCAUGGUCAUUCUGUUAGAGUUAAUCCUGUUUUGAAUGUUCCUCCUGCUAACCUAUUUGGUUUGAGUUCAAUCUUCUCCAGCAAGAGCAAGAAAAAGUAGCAUUAUUUUGCAUUACUAUAUAUUUUUGUGAACGGAUAUCUCUGCAUGCAACUGUAGAGACUAAUUCAUCAAGUCAAAUAAGACCGCAACGUAUGACAAAACUUAUUUUACUUUAUUGCAUGUGAGUUUGACUUCUCUAGAGUGAUUGGUUAGUAGAGUUAAGAAAUCAAGGUUGAUAUGUUAAUCAUCCAUAAUUAUGUUUGUGCAUAUAAUAUAUGAACCAUUGAUUUGUUUAUCUAUUAUUGAUAUUACUCACUUUAGACUAGCCUUAUCCUAUAUUUGCAUAUCAAUGGGGUGUGUCAAUUUUUUUUUCUUUGAACUUGUUGGGUUUAACAUGCGGAGUAAACCAUCAAAUUGGUCUUUAGAUCAUUCUUAAAUUAAUCCUGAACUUUAUUAAUAUUUCAAAUUAGUUAUUAUUUUGUCAAAAGUUUUACAAUUUGAUCUUUUGUUAUGUGACAAAAAUAUAAAGAUAGAGACCUAAUUGAGAAAUUUUUGACAAAUUAAAAUAGAGACUAAUUUAAAAUAUAAAUAGACUUGGGAACUAAUUUGAGAAUGAUUUUAAAGAUAUAGACCAAUUUGAUAGUUUACUCUUAACAUGUGAUUAGGAAAAUAGAGAUAGAGGUUAAAUUUUGGAAAGGUGAGUGGUUUGCAUCAAGAAGGUUAAAGUGAUAAAGAAGAGAUGUGUGUGAAGGUGAUACUUGAUAGACAAGAAUGGCAUAAUGCAGGAUUGGAAGCACAUGCUUUGAUAUGAGGACACAAAUUGACAGGUAGAUGUUGUUUUCAUGGCGGUCCCUUCCUUUCCUUGUGUUUGGUUUUUCUGCUUUUGAUAUUUGGUCUACGUGUAAAUAUUUUGAUUUUUAAUUAGUCUUUUUUUUUUUUUUAUCUCUCUUACUCUACACAUGUAUUAUUUUGGAUUUCUUUUAAGAGGCUUAAUGAAAAAGUUGAUUGUGCAAUUA